AUGGGUUUGUAUUUAGCAAAACCUGAUACGACAAAACUAACUCAAUCUGGGAAGGUAUUGGAUUUUGCAUACACGUCUACAUCGUUGCAGGGUUGGUAAAUCCAACAAGACGAAUUUGUAAUCAUAAAGGAGAAGUUUGAUCAAGAUAAUUGUCUAUUCUGUAUAGUGGAACAAUAUGGGGGGAUGGAGUAUGGAAAGUAUAUUCAGGAUCAUAUAGUGGAGGCACUAGUGAGUGACUCGGAAUAUAAACAGAAAAAUUACGACAAAGCAAUUGUUGGUCUAUAUGAAAGAUUGGACAAUUAACUAAAAAAUUAAUUUAAGGAGAGCACCAGCUACUAGGGUGUUACUCUAUUAUUAACAUUGAUUACAAACGAAAACAUUUAUGUAGCGAAUGCAGGAUUAUCCAGGUGUAUCAUUCGAUAUGAAGGUAAGCACAAGGUAAUGACUGUUGAACAUUAUCCAAUGAACGAUCACGAGAAACAGAGGAUACUUGCUGCUGGAGGAGAGGUGUGGGAAAAUAGAUUGAAUGCUCAUCUCCCAUACAGUAGAGGUCUGGGGAAUUUUGAAUACAAAUCCAAUUCCAACCUAGAUCAGAGCAAGUAACUGCUAAUUUCUGUGCCGAGCAUCAAGUAUGUUGAUAAAGAAGAGACUGAAUUGAUUCUAAUGGGAAGUCAUGGCUUUUGGGAAACGUGGACUAACAAUGCGAUCUCGGAGGUCAUUUUGGAGAGAAUUCAAUAAGGGAAGCCUCUGCCUGAUAUCUUGGAAACCAUAUGCGAUUCGAUCGUGGCAUAGAAUGUCGAGGGUGAAUAUGGGAAGGAUAACAUCUCUAGCAUAUUGGUUCAUUUCUAAAGAGAAUAAAAGCAGGUUAUUUGA